AAAAAAAAAAAAAAGGAAAAGGAGGAAACAUCUCCUUUUCUCCCCCUUCCCCCCCCCUUUUUUUUUUAAUUUUUUUUCUUCCUGGUUUUGUGUGCAUCCUCCUCGCCCUCGAUGCCUCUUUGAGCAGCAUCCAGCGAGCGAGCGGGAGAAGGGGAGACAGAGAGGCAGAAGAGAAGAUGAGGAUAAUUUGCAGACAGCUUGUCUUGUUGUUUUCUGGCUUUUGGGGACUAGCAAUGGGAGCUUUUCCUAGCAGCGUGCAAAUAGGUGGUCUCUUCAUCAGGAACACAGAUCAGGAAUACACUGCUUUUCGAUUAGCAAUCUUUCUUCAUAACACCAGCCCUAAUGCAUCCGAAGCACCUUUUAAUUUGGUUCCUCAUGUAGACAACAUUGAAACAGCUAACAGCUUCGCUGUAACAAAUGCCUUUUGCUCCCAGUAUUCUAGAGGAGUUUUUGCCAUUUUUGGACUAUACGAUAAGAGAUCAGUACAUACCUUGACCUCAUUCUGCAGCGCCUUGCACAUCUCCCUCAUCACGCCAAGUUUCCCCACGGAGGGUGAGAGUCAGUUCGUGCUGCAGCUGCGGCCGUCCCUGCGGGGAGCCCUCCUGAGCUUGCUGGAUCAUUAUGAAUGGAACCGCUUUGUUUUCCUCUACGACACAGACCGAGGUUAUUCAAUACUUCAAGCAAUUAUGGAAAAAGCAGGACAAAAUAGCUGGCAAGUCAGUGCCAUCUGUGUGGAGAAUUUUAACGAUGCCAGCUACAGGCGGCUUUUAGAAGAUCUGGACCGAAGGCAAGAAAAGAAAUUUGUAAUAGACUGUGAAAUAGAGAGGCUUCAGAAUCUCUUAGAACAGAUUGUGAGCGUGGGAAAACAUGUUAAAGGAUACCAUUAUAUUGUUGCCAACCUGGGAUUCAAAGAUAUUUCUCUGGAGAGAUUUAUGCAUGGAGGAGCCAAUGUGACUGGAUUUCAGCUAGUGGAUUUCAGUACCCCAAUGGUAACUAAGCUCAUGCAGCGCUGGAAGAAACUGGACCAGAGAGAAUAUCCAGGAUCUGAGACCCCACCAAAGUAUACAUCUGCAUUGACAUAUGAUGGAGUACUUGUGAUGGCUGAAACUUUCCGUAAUCUUAGAAGACAGAAAAUUGAUAUUUCAAGGAGAGGAAAUGCUGGUGAUUGUCUUGCAAACCCUGCAGCCCCAUGGGGUCAAGGAAUUGAUAUGGAGAGGACAUUAAAACAGGUUCGAAUACAAGGCUUGACUGGAAAUGUUCAGUUCGACCACUAUGGUCGCAGAGUCAACUACACCAUGGAUGUGUUUGAGCUGAAAAAUACUGGCCCUCGGAAGGUUGGUUAUUGGAAUGACAUGGAUAAAUUAGUUUUGAUUCAGCAUGAACCUACACUUGGAAAUGACACUGCAGCCAUUGAGAAUAGAACAGUAGUUGUCACUACAAUUUUGGAAGCCCCAUAUGUUAUGUUCAAGAAAAACCAUGAUACGUUUGAAGGGAAUGACAAGUUUGAAGGAUACUGUGUAGAUCUGGCAUCAGAAAUUGCAAAACAUAUUGGUAUCAAGUACAAAAUUGCCAUUGUUCCUGAUGGAAAAUAUGGAGCAAGGGAUCCAGAGACAAAAAUCUGGAAUGGGAUGGUGGGAGAACUUGUUUAUGGGAAAGCAGAGAUUGCUGUUGCGCCUCUGACCAUCACUUUGGUACGAGAAGAGGUCAUUGAUUUUUCUAAGCCUUUUAUGAGUUUGGGGAUAUCCAUUAUGAUCAAAAAGCCCCAGAAAUCUAAACCAGGAGUGUUUUCCUUCUUGGACCCUUUGGCGUAUGAGAUCUGGAUGUGCAUAGUCUUUGCCUACAUUGGUGUCAGUGUGGUCCUGUUCCUAGUUAGCAGGUUUAGUCCGUAUGAGUGGCACACAGAAGAACCAGAGGAUGGGAAAGAAGGACCCAGUGACCAGCCUCCCAAUGAGUUUGGCAUAUUCAACAGCCUCUGGUUUUCCCUGGGUGCCUUUAUGCAACAAGGAUGUGAUAUUUCCCCAAGAUCCCUCUCAGGUCGCAUUGUCGGAGGUGUCUGGUGGUUCUUCACGCUCAUCAUUAUUUCAUCCUACACUGCUAACCUCGCUGCUUUCUUGACUGUUGAGCGAAUGGUCUCACCCAUAGAGAGUGCAGAAGACCUUGCCAAACAAACCGAAAUUGCUUACGGGACACUGGACUCAGGGUCAACCAAAGAGUUCUUCAGAAGAUCAAAAAUAGCAGUGUAUGAAAAGAUGUGGACCUACAUGAAAUCAGCUGAGCCAUCAGUGUUCACUAGGACUACUGCAGAGGGAGUAGCUCGUGUCCGCAAAUCCAAGGGCAAGUUUGCCUUCCUGCUGGAGUCCACCAUGAAUGAAUACAUUGAGCAACGAAAGCCAUGUGACACCAUGAAAGUGGGAGGAAAUCUGGAUUCGAAAGGCUAUGGCGUAGCCACACCGAAGGGUUCUCCAUUAAGAACUCCUGUAAACCUUGCCGUUUUGAAACUCAGUGAGGCAGGCGUCUUAGACAAGCUGAAAAACAAAUGGUGGUACGAUAAAGGUGAAUGUGGACCCAAGGACUCUGGAAGUAAGGACAAGACGAGUGCCUUGAGUCUCAGCAACGUUGCUGGAGUCUUCUACAUUCUGGUUGGAGGCUUGGGCUUGGCAAUGCUGGUGGCUUUGAUAGAGUUCUGUUACAAGUCCAGGGCAGAGGCGAAGCGAAUGAAGCGCUGGAGUAGACGGCGCUGUACAGUAGGUGAAGUGUGCCAGACACAUAACAGGUCCCUGUCCCGAGGAGCUUACAGCCUAAAGGCACAGCCCGUACAAUACCGAACCAUACAGUACAGAGCAAACCCAGAGUGAGCAGAGAAUGGUGUUUGAGCAUGCUAGCUGGAGCGCUGCGAGGAAUAGGUGGGUUCUCGGGGCGCGAGGGACGGGGCUGGCUGGGAAACUGUCCCCUACAUGCUCUUCUCUGGGGUUUUCUUUUCUUCCUUGUUCUGCAAAGAGUCAUGACCCCUGGGUAUAUUAGAAUUGUAACACAGCUGCCAAUUCACCCAUGUAAAAAAAAGAAAAAAAAAAAAAAGAAAAAGAUAAGAUAAAACACUAAAAAAAACCCAGAGUUAGCUGUGCACUUUGCUCACUACUGAAGAUGUGAGGCACACUGUGGGUCAAAGAGACUCCAAGAGUAUAGACCAGUGUUCAUUACUGUGAACUGGGACACAGGACUUCCAGAUGCUAAUAUUAAUCCCCCAAGUCCACUCCCUACUUACUGUCAGUAAUAAGGGUCUUAAAAAGAAGUAAUCCUGUGCAAGUCAUUGUGCAAAAUGCAAGUGAAAGGCACUUUUUUCCUUUAAAUUCUUUAGUGGUAUGCUCACAACUGAAUGUCCCCAGGCUGCUAUAAAAGCAAGAAUCCCAGAAAACAUAUUCCUUAUCAAUUCUACAGAGUGCAAUGCAUUCAAAAUACAGUCUUAAAAAAAGCAAACAAAAAAAAUGAAACUUUUGCUCAAAUACUGACCUGACCCAAAAUGGCUGAGCAUGCUAAACAUGGCAUGACUUGACAAUCCCCACA